CCCAGCCUCCUGACCUAGUACAUAUCUACAUUAUUAUUUGAAAGGAUUUAAACAUAAUAAUACUGUAUGAACAGAAAAAAAUGAAAUAAGACUUUUGAUUUUCAUCUUUUGUUUUGUGACAUUUAGAAAGUUUCUGAGAAACAACAAUUGCUGUUUAAAUUGCUAAGGAACGAACAGAUGUUUAAACACUAAAACAAAGCUAUAAUCUCUAAGGCAAAAAAUGAAGCAGAGGAGUUUAUUAUCAAUCCUCUGUUUUAUCCUUCUAGCCUCUGGUGUUGCUUCUGUUUCAGCACAAACAUGCAUAGAGAACCGUAAAUAUUUCACACCCAACGGUACAUACGAUUCAAAUCGUCGUCUUAUCCUCUCUUCUCUUCCUAACAAUACCGCGUCUCGAGAUGGUUUCUACUACGGUUCCAUUGGAGAAGAGCAAGAUCGAGUCUACGCAUUAGGGAUGUGCAUCCCGAAAUCAACUCCAAGUGAUUGUUCUAACUGUAUCAAGGGCGCGGCAGGCUGGUUGAUACAGGAUUGUGUCAACCAGACAGACGCGUACUAUUGGGCACUUGAUCCAACGCUGUGCCUUGUCCGCUACUCCAACAUUUCUUUCUCAGGAUCUGCAGCUUUUUGGGAGAUUGAGCCGCAGUAUUUGGUGUUGAACACUGCAACUAUCGCCUCAAAUCUAACAGAGUUCAAGACAAUAUGGGAAGACUUAACAUCUCGUACGAUUACUGCAGCCUCCGCAGCAAGAAGCACACCAUCGUCCAGUGAUAACCAUUACAGAGUUGAUUUUGCGAACUUGACAAAAUUCCAGAAUAUCUACGCAUUGAUGCAAUGCACGCCAGAUAUUUCUUCUGACGAAUGUAACAACUGUCUCCAACGAGGCGUACUUGAGUACCAGUCAUGCUGUGGAAAUAAUACUGGAGGCUAUGUUAUGCGGCCAAUCUGCUUUUUCCGGUGGCAGCUUUUUACAUUCUCUAAGGCUUUUCAUAACAUUACCUUGGCUACUACUCCUCCUCUUUCUCCUCCUCCACUGCAACGUCCUGUGGUUGCGUCACAACCACCUUCUGCAGACAACCGGGACAAGAAGAGAGACAAUAGUAGCGGAAAAAUCUCAAUGAAAACUAUUCUAGCAAUUGUUGUGGUUGGUAUAGUCAUCCUCAUCAUCAUCUCGGGAAUUCUUGCUCGCCGGUUUGCUCGGAAGGAAAAACCAUAUCAAGAAGUUGAACUUAAUCAAACUGGUAUUACAUCUGUACGCUCCCUGCAAUACAAAUUUAAGACGAUCGAAACUGCAACAAAUAAUUUUUCAGAGAGACUUGGUCAUGGUGGAUCUGGACAUGUUUUCAAGGGAAGGUUGCCUGACGGAAAGGAAAUUGCAGUGAAGAGAUUGUCAGAAAAAACAGAACAAAGUAAGAAAGAGUUCAAGAACGAGGUUGUUCUUGUCGCGAAACUUCAGCAUAGAAAUCUUGUUAGACUUCUCGGUUUUUCUGUCAAAGGAGAAGAAAAGAUCAUAGUCUACGAGUAUUUGCCCAACAGAAGUCUCGACUACAUCCUCUUUGACCCUACAAAGCAAGGAGAGUUAGACUGGAAAAAGCGGUACAAGAUCAUUGGAGGAACUGCUAGAGGGAUUCUAUAUCUUCAUCAAGAUUCACAACCCACAAUCAUACAUCGUGACCUCAAAGCGGGUAAUAUCCUCUUGGACGCUCAUAUGAACCCGAAAGUUGCAGAUUUUGGGACGGCAAGGAUCUUUGGGAUGGACCAAAGUGUAGCUAUUACAGCGAAUGCAGCCGGAACUCCGUAAAAUUCUCUUAUAUAUUACUCAUGAUGGUUAUGAACUUUAAUUGCAAGAAUAUUUUCUUGACCAAAGUAGAAUUAAUCUUGUAGCGGUUACAUGGCCCCAGAAUAUAUGGAACUAGGCGAAUUCUCGAUGAAAUCUGACGUGUAUAGCUAUGGGGUCUUAGUUCUUGAGAUUAUAUGCGGCAAGAGGAACACGAGCUUCUCAUCUCCGGUUCAGAAUUUUGUCACAUAUGUGAGUACUAUAAUCGUAUCUCACUGUUGUUGUAACUGUAAGAUUUGGAUUAGAUCAUUGAAUUUUGUUUCAGGUCUGGAGGUUAUGGAAAAGCGGGACACCAUUAAACCUCGUUGACGCAACAAUUGCAGAGAAUUAUAAGAGUGAAGAAGUGAUAAGAUGUAUCCACAUUGCGCUCCUAUGUGUUCAAGAAGAACCUACAGAUCGUCCUGACUUUUCGAUAAUCAUGUCGAUGCUCACUAGCAAUUCCCUCAUCUUACCUGUUCCUAAACCACCUCCAUCCUUCAUUCCAGGUAGACCAAACCAAUCUACGACGAGGCCCAGUUCCCAAAAUAUCAAUGAUGGAAGGUGGUCCUUGUUGAAAAUGAUGUUCCAUUGAGACAUUGGAACUUGUUUGAAGUAAACUAUGUUUUUGGUAUUUCAGUUUAAACUGUUAUGAAUUAUUCAUAAAGUUAUGUAUGUGUAAAUUGUGAGAUACUCAUCAAAGUAGUUAUGUACACUUAGAAUUUUCUAUUCCCUACAUUUUUAUACGAGCUCUUUGUUAUAAAAUCCGUUUAGAUGGUUUCUCAAACAUUGCCUUCAAUCACUUUGAUGCUUA